AUGACGGCUACUGUUAUUUAUAAUGCCGCGGUCAAGCGAAUAACGAGAUUUUUUUUCAGGGAGUGGUGGCCUUUCUUCGUGGUGUUAUUCUAUGCACUUGCUCCAAUACCUACACUCGUAGCCAGAAGAUACAGUGACCAUUCGGGUCAGAGUAACUCAUGCUUGGAGGCUGCAAUAUUCAUAACGAUGGGAAUUCUAGUGAGUUCGUUCGGACUGCCGAUUGUUUUAGCUAGGGCUCUCGUCAUAGAGUGGGGAGCUUGUUUCCUGACUAUAGCUGGUAACGUGGUUGUCUACGCAACACUACUGGGAUUCUUCUUGACUUUCGAUCAAGACGAUUCUGACUAUAGCAUGUGGUAGUUUGGUGUUGAGCAAAUAAAGUUUUCUUGUACUCAUUUAUAUUUUGGUUAUCACUUACUUAGUGUAUAGUAUAUCUAAGACUAAUGUAUUUUGUAAGAUAUUCAAUAUUGGAGUAUUUCUGGAUUCUCGAUUAUUUUGUACAAUAAGAAGCUUAACUACGUAAUAUGUA